GCUAUGAAGCAAGAAUGUGAGAUUCAGAUGGAUGUUGCAAAAGUAAAUGCUUGGAUAAAUUUAUGGAGAAUUGGGCCAUUAGUAGCUACCGAUCAGAAUGGCUGUGUGUCGCUUCCAGUAUCAGAGGUACUAUGGCUCUGUAUAUGAGUGGAAUGGGAGUGCAAAAUAGAAGGUGUAGUUUCACUCAUUUGUUGCUUUCAGGUUUCCCAUAGGCAGCAGCUGGUUAGCCACUGUGUGAACAGAACAUUGGGCUAAAUAGGCCUUUGGUCUGAAUUAAUAUGAUGCUUCUCAUGUUCUUAGGAUACCUCAGUUUUCAGAUGCUGCCCUAAGAAAAGAAGGUAUAUAGCCUUUUAGGCCUGAUGGAUAGAAUCCCUCUCUCCAAAUUUCCAGGAACUAAAGCAUAACUUAAAUUGAAUCUUCGUACAGCUACCUACAACAACAAUGAACCAAACGUUGAUUACUGUUUCAAUCUAAAGUAGCAUCCUAGGCUUAUUGAAGUAAGUGUCAAAACAGUAGUGUAGUUUAAGUAUGUUUUGACUCUCAUAAGGUUAGAUGACUUGGCCUUGGCCCCAGCAGGUGAUGAAAGGCCCUGCUUCCAUUUCAGUGGCCUCUGAGGGACAGAAAUGUCGACAAGCACAGCUUCAUCAUGUACUUGGUGUCAGUGGCUGGUUAGAGAUCCUCUGUUUCAGCUUUCAUUGCUCUGGCCUCUGAAGUAGAAAAGAGUAUGCAGUACCUGCUGAACCUCAUCUUUUUUACCACUGCUAUCCUGCUUUCUUUAUGUGUCUUGUCUAUAUAGAUUAAAUAUUCUAAAUAAAUAAAUCACUAUCUUCAAAGAAUGUCUGUUUUAGAAAACGUUUGUUUUUCUUCUGAGAUGGGUCAUACUCAGGACAGCAAAUACUUGUGGGUGUUAAGACCUUAUGAUUUAUAGGUUGGUGAGGUACGUAGAAUUCUCUCCUAGAGGGUUCUCUUGCUGUAGUUCAGGGCAGUAUAAUAGGAGCUCUAUUGCAGCUCACCAAACCAUACAUCCCAAGAUUCCAUUGGUGGGAGUCAUGUCUAUUCAAAACCCAAGCAGUGUGCUUAUAAAACUGUACAACAAGUAGUUCUGUGAUGUUUCAUGUUUAGUAAAUACUGCUGAUUUUUUUUUUAAAAAGACCUCAUUUUGUAUUAUUAAAUGAUUUUCAACUAUGUCCUGACUAAAUAAAAAAAGCAGUAGAGAUAACUUCCACUUUGAAGAUACAAAGUGAAUGGCAGGUCAUGAUAAUGGCCAAAUUCAGUUUUUAAUAUUAGUUGUAUUGGUACUUUAGUUUAGCUUUCCUAAAGAAAGUUCUGGAAAACUAUUCAGAAAACUCUGACAUGUAAUGACCAUAGUAGGGCUUGUUACAGCAGAACUCACAGGACAUUUUUCACACAUCAAGCAUCCUUUGAAUGCCAGGCUGUAUUCUUGCAAUACUAAUACUUCUUAGAUUGAUAACAUGUCUUGGUGUGUAUGGUGUUUAUUUUUCAGAAAAUCCUCCCAGGAGGGAAUACAUCAUUUGAUGUAGUUUUUCUUGCAAGAAUGGUUGGAAAUGUAGAAAACACUUUAUUUAUUAAUACAUCUAAUCAUGGAGUAUUUACUUAUCAGGUGUUUGGUGUAGGAGUACCAAACCCCUACAGAUUACGUCCUUUUAUAGGGGCAAAAGUUCCUGUAAAUAGCAGUUUUUCUCCUAUAAUAAAUAUACACAACCCCCAUAGCGAGCCUUUGCAGGUGGUAGAAAUGUAUUCAAGUGGAGGAGAUCUCCACCUAGAACUUCCCACUGGCCAACAAGGGGGUACAAGAAAAUUAUGGGAAAUCCCCCCCUAUGAAACUAAAGGAGUUAUGAGAGCCAGUUUUUCUUCAAGGGAAGCAGAUAAUUACACAGCCUUCAUUCGAAUAAAAACAAAUGCCUCAGAUAGCACAGAGUUCAUUAUUCUUCCAGUAGAGGUAGAAGUCACAACAGCCCCAGGAAUUUAUUCUUCAACAGAAAUGCUGGAUUUUGGUACAUUACGAACACAAGAUCUGCCCAAAAUUUUGAAUCUGCAUUUGUUAAAUUCAGGAACAAAGGAUGUGCCAAUAACAAGCAUUAGACCCACACCACAGAAUGAAGCUGUCACAGUACAUUUCAAGCCAGUUACGUUGCGAGCUUCUGAAAGUAAAUAUACCAAAGUUGCAAGCAUUAGUUUUGAUGCAUCAAAAGCAAAACGGCCUCCACAGUUUUCAGGAAAAAUAACUGUGAAAGCAAAAGAGAAGAGCUAUUCAAAACUUGAAAUUCCGUAUCAAGCAGAAGUAUUAGAUGGAUACUUAGGAUUUGAUCAUGCAGCCACAUUAUUUCAUAUCGGUGACAGUCCGGAAGACUCUGUGGAAAGACCAAUCUAUUUAACAAAUACAUUCAAUUUUGCAGUCUUCAUUCAUGAUAUAAUACUGCCAGAAGAAAUUAGAACAACAUUUAAAAUCCAGAACUUCAGCAAACCAGUCUUAAUUCCACCAAAUGAAUCCAGAUAUAUUUUUACACUUUAUUUUGUGGCUUCCUUCUCAUCUCUGCACAUUGAUAAUAAUAUUUUACUUAUUACCAAUGCUUCUAAAUUUCAUCUACCUGUGAGAGCAUACACUGGAUUUUUAGAUUAUUUUGUACUGCCUCCAAAAUUUGAUGAACAGAUAAUAGAUUUUGGUAUACUGAGUGCUACGGAAACUAGUAACGUUUUGUUGGCAAUCUUUAAUAGCAACCCAAUUCAGCUGGUUAUUAAAAGCUGGCAUGUGAUAGGUGAUGGCUUGACCACAGAACUCCUAGCUGCUGGAAAAGGCAACAGAACUGCAAUAAUAGCAAGUCUUCCAGACUUGGAAAAAGCCAAUGCAUUGGAUCAGACUUCAGUAACAUUAAUGCCUGGUUCUUACAUUGUAUUCAGAGUAAAGUUAAUACCAAAAGAACUUGAAGGAAUUCAUGAUGGGGCCAUACAAAUCACAACAGAUUAUGAGAUCUUAACAAUUCCUGUGAAAGCUGUAAUUGCUGUAGGCUCCUUGACUUGCUCCCCAAAACACAUUCUUCUUCCACCCUCUUUUCCAGGCAAGACAGUCCAUCAGAGUUUAAGUAUUAUGAGCUCUUUCUCACAGAAAGUAAAAAUACAGCAGAUCCGCUCACUUUCAGAAGAUGUUCGGUUUUAUUACAAGAGAUUGCGAAGUAAUAAGGAAGAUUUGGAGCCAGGAAAAAAAUCAAAGAUAGCAAAUGUUUAUUUUGACCCUGGUUUACAGUGUGGAAAUCACUGUUAUGUGGGAUUGCCUUUUCUGAGUAAAUAUGAAUCAAAAUUGCAGCACAGUAUAUCUAUGCAGGAAGAUGUGUGGGAUACUGAUUGGGAUUUGCAUGAUAAUUUGUUCAAAGAAUGGACUGGAAUACGAGAUCGCUCGGGGAAUCAAUUAAGUGCUGUAUUUGAAGUGGACACAGAUCUUCAGAAGGCUGUGACAUCCAAAAUCACAGCAGAGCUGGCUUGGCCUUCUUUAUUAGGCUCAAUGCGACAUUUGGAUUUCUCACUUACCAACACAAACAGUUCAUCUGAAGAAGAAAUUCUUCUAGAAAAUCCAGCAGAUGUUCCUGUUUUUCUUCAGUUUCUUCCCAUAGCAUUGUAUUCUAAUCCAUCAGGCUUCAUUGAUAAAUUGAUAGAUCGGUUUAAUCUGAGUAAGCCAGAAAACUUUAAUUUAAGGACAUUAGAAUUUCAAGUCUCUAGGAACUGUGGCCUGGCAUUGCAGAGCUCUACAGGACUUACCGAGGGACUGUCUCGGCAGUCAAUUUUAAAUGUAAUUUUAAAGCCUGGAGAGAGAAAAUCUGUCAAAGUAACAUUUACACCAGUUCAUAAUAAAACAGUAUCAUCACUAAUAAUGAUCAGAAAUAAUUUGACUGUAAUAGAAGCUAUAGUUGUUAAAGGACAAGGAACAACUGAGAGCAUGAGGAUCGCAGGCAAACCACCUGGACCAGGAAGUUCUUUACGCUUUAAAAUCACUGAAGCAUUACUAAAAGACUGUACUGAAAAAACUAAAUUAAAGGAGCCAAAUUUUACACUGAAAAGAACAUUCAGAGUGGAGAAUACAGGACAGCUUCAAGUUAAUAUAAAAUCCUUGGAAAUAAGUGGAUAUUUAUGUGAAGGAUAUGGAUUUAAAGUAGUUAACUGUCAAGAAUUUGCACUAAGCGCCAAUGCUUCUAAAGACAUUGUCAUAUUGUUUACACCAGAUUUCACUACUUCCAGAGUCAUUCGUGAAUUGAAGCUAACCACAGCAGGAGGCUCUGAAUUUAUAUUCAUAUUAAAUGCAUCUCUUCCUUAUCAUAUGUUAGCUACUUGUGCUGAAGCCCUGCCCAGGCCCAGCUGGGAGUUGGCACUCUAUGUAGUAGUCUCAGGAAUAAUGAGCUUGCUCUUCCUUUUGGUAAUUGGAACAGCUUAUUUAGAAGCUCAAGGAAUUUGGGAGCCAUUCAGAAGACGCCUGUCCUUUGAGGCAACCAAUCCUCCAUUUGAUAUGGGAAGAACGUUUGAUCUCAGGAGAAUAGUAGGAAUUUCAUCUGAUGGAAACUUGAAUGCACUUGGAUCAGAUUCUAACCACAGCUCUUCCAGAGGAAUCUAUGGACCAGGAAGCUCCUCAACACGAUCCAGUGCAGGACAUCAUAAGCAAUGCAUCUCAACAGUAAACCUGCACAGCAAUAGAAAUUCAGCUGAAAUUGAGAAUGUGAAGUUUAAAAACAGUUCAAAUGUUUCUAGCAGGACUUCCAUGCAGACAGGUUCUGCACAGUCAGCAAACAGAGCAAGUUCCCUUUUUCAGGACUCCAAUGCUGCAAAUCAGAAUCAUACAGCAGGUAGAAAAUCCAGGGGUGCAAAGCAAAAUCUACAGUCAAACCAGCAUCAUGCUCCAGUUUUACUGGAGCAGCACUUAUCACAGCCACCAGUAGUGCCUCAGCAGCAAGAACAGCAGAAUCAAGAUUCCCUACCCCAAUCAGAGCAUCCAACUCCUUCACAUUCAGAAUGUGCCGGGAACACAAGGCACAGCUCAGAGGACUCAGAUUUUGCUACUUUGAUAGAAACCAUGGAUAAAGACUCUGAUCACCCCGAAUCCCCUUCUCCAGAUGUGUUUGUAGAACACCCCCCAUCUCCAGUAGGAAAAAACAAAGGGAAAGGAAAACCAUUUCAGCGGAAAGCCAAGCCUCAGAAGAAGCGGGAAGAAAAAGAGCGAAGAGGAAAGGGAAAGCAACAUGAGGAUGAAUUAAAGGAUUCUCUAGCAGAUGAUGAUAGUUCUUCAACUACUACAGAAACUUCCAACCCAGACACAGAAACACUUCUGAAAGAGGAGACAGAAAAGCAAAAGGGAAAACAGCCAAUACCAGAAAAACAGGAUAGCGAAAUACAUGUAAAGCAGAAAAGCAAAAAACUACCAGUACUCAAGAAAGAAAUCCCAACAGAUGUGAAAACUAACUCCUUUGAGAUGUCAUGUCCUUCGUCACUGGAAAUUAAGCAACAUAAAAGUUUUUCUUCCAAGCUAUCUUCCCAGCAUACAUUCACAAAUGGAUUCAAACCAAGAAACAUCCAGAAAAAGGGUUUAAACACAAAACUUAUGGACAACAGACCACCAUCAUUAGCAAAGUUUUUUUCCAGUAGCUGUGGUCAAGAAUUAGGCAAUACCAGCAGCUCAGAAGGAGAAAAAGACUCUCCACCACCAGAGUGGGACUCAGUGCCAAUUCACAAAGCAGGCAGCUCUACUGACAACCUUUAUAAGCUGUCUCUGCAAACCAUCAAUGCAGAUGCUUUUCUGAAGCAACGACAGACCUCACCACCUCCUGCCUCUCCAUCUCCACCCCCUGCAUCAUUGACCUUUGUGCCACGAAGUACUUAUAGCAGUAUUGUGAACAACUGCAAUGAACCAAAAAGCAAAUUGCUGAGUGGUGCCAAACAUAAGGUGGCAAAGGCAGCCUCUCUCCCUGGCAGGAAUGGAAAUCCUACUUUUGCUGCUGUAGCUGCAGGUUAUGACAAGAGCCCAGGUGGUAGCGGCCUAGUAAAGCCUUCUCCAGCUAAAACUGAGGUUUCUGGCUGUACAAAUGUGUCAAACACAGCUGUUGACAGUGAUGGCUCUGACAGUUCUGGUUUGUGGAGUCCUAUAAGCAAUCCUAGCAGCCCAGACUUCACACCUCUCAACUCCUUUUCAGCAUUUGGAAACUCUUUUAAUCUAACCGGAGAAGUUUUCAGUAAACUUGGACUGUCAUCACCUGCAUAUAGCCAGGAUUCUCAGCAAAUCUGGAGUGAGUUUACUAGUGUUCCUUCAUCCAUCUGGGACUCUUCAGCAACAGAUCUUAUGCCUCCCUGGCCCACAAGUUCAGGAUCCCCAACUCAUACAACUCCAGUAAGUUCUAUCCUUGGCAACCCAGGCAGCCUGUGGUCAACUACCACCACUCCAUUCAGCAGUUCCAUUUGGUCAAGUAAUUUGAACAACACCCUUCCUUUCAACACUCCUGCUAACACGUUGUCAGGAAUUGAUCUUGGAAAUGAAAAUGCACGUCCACCACCUGCUACCACACCAGCAGUUAGCUGUCCAGAAGAGUUGGGACAAGCCUAUAAUCCGUGGUUAAUUUGGAGUCCUGCAAUUGGGAGAAGAAGCUCAGAUCCUUGGCCUAAUGUGCAUUACCCACCUGAAAAUUGAAAUUAAGCAAAACAAAAUGACAGUUGCCCAGAUCUGAUCAUGGUAAAUUCUGUAACAUAUCUGGAACAUAAUUUGCAAGCUGUUUGCUGCCCUUGCUCCUCUCCCUAAAACACCAUUAAAAUCUAGUCAUAUAUUCAUCCCUUGCUCCUAUUAAAGUCUUGAAGUUAUGGUAGUAUGAAAUUGCUGGUCAUCCUGGGAAAGGUUUGGAUUGUUAAUCAGUGGCCAAAGCCUUUUAACAUCUGUCCUUCAGGUUUUCUUAAAACCUGGUAACUUCCAAAAAACAGUUGUUGUUUUUUAGCUACCAUGCUUGAUUUUUAAUUCCAGACCCCAGUAUUAUGCUCUGAACCAUAAUUUUAAAGAGCACCUUGUGCAAAAAAAUGCAGAGUAUUUUUUGAAAAAUAAGGCUGUCUUUGUUAAAGACUCAACGAAUGUAAAAACUUUAGGAGCAAAAAUAUAAGAGCAUUCUGUUCAAACUAUACAUUUUAUGUGCUGUUUGUAAAUUUGUAAACCUGAAUGCAUUUUUAAGUUGAACUGAAAUGUGCAUAGCCAAUUCCUUGUGCUUUUCUUACGAAUACAACUUUGAGUUGUACUUGAAAAUAAAUAAUGCUUUUUUUCA